UUUCGCUUUUUAUUGGUAAAAUUAAAUUCAACCAAAGUAAUAUCCAAUAAAAUUACCCGUAACACGAGAUUUUAUGAAUAUUUUAGAAAUUUUUUUCCUUUAAAUUAAUUAAAUUAAGAUAUUGCCGAGUGUCGUUGGCGUGCUUAAAACGAAGUACUUUUGUUGAAUUUCAAUUGUAAAUAUUCUAGCUUUGUUUAAACUCUGUACGUCUAGAAUAAUUUGUAUUUCAAGUACAUAAAUUCAUUUAGGUUAAAAUGGGAAGAAAAAAGCCGGUUGCAGUUACUAGCGAAGAACCUUCGCGCGCGGAAAGCGAAGAGGCUCUAGAGGGUAACGCCAACAACGAGGUGCCACCUCAGAUGAUCCUCAACCAGACCGUGGUCAUCUCCAGCGAGAAAGAAAACAAAAAGAAACCUCCGACGAAGCGAAAGAAAGAGGAAAAGGAAAAUCCACCCGUCAAAAAGGGGCGAGUCUUGAGAGGAAAAAAGAAGAAGGACGAGGAAGAGGCCGCGGUGAUUGGUGCCACUGAUAAUCUUGCGGCAGAAGCUUCGAACAACCACCUCGCCGGUCCUUCCAUUACGGAGGUCAAAAGCGUAGGAACCAAUCCAAUAGAGAGCAUGGAGCUAAUCAUCCGGUCUCACGAAGAACUGAAGCGGCAGGUUCUCGAUUUAUCCAACGAUAUAAAGGAUUUUAAGAGCGAAGUUCUCGGCUUGUUACGGGCGUUGAUCGACCAGGAGCAGAAAAAGGAAGAAGCGGAAGCUCCACUAUCUUGGAAUGGAUUUAAGAACGGUCUUUCCUAGUGUAAGAGCGAAUAAUUUUUAUGUUACGCGGAUGUAAAUGAAUUAGAAUCAUCCGUUUGGUAAAACUUUAAUAAAAUUUUUAUUAAAGAAAACUAUACAAGUUCUUUAUAAGAAAAUGUUGCGUACAAAGUACGA